ACAUCUCCUCGCUGAUUUCAAACUUUCAACCACAAGUAGUUGUGUGUUCCAGUGUGUGUUCUGUUCGAAAAUUCAAGUUGGAAUAACAAGGAUAAAUACCGCACAAGUCGACAACAAGAAAUACUUAACUUGUAAUCUAAUCACCAUGGAAUUACCGCAUUGCUACCAAGGGAAAACACACGUGCCGGCUCCGUCUGGGAAAUAUGUCGUUGGCUGUACCGACAUUAUUACCGGACCCGAUUCCCAGAACGGCUGCCUCUUUCGCAUGUUCUACCCGACUAAACUGAACGAUAUUUAUGAAAAUUCUUCGAGUUGGGCGAAAUACCUGCCGCACGAUAAAUACGUCGAGGGUUACGCAACAGCUGGCGGAUUCAAAAUCCAUUUCGUCGGCAAAAAGAUCAUAUCGUGGAGCUUUGGAAAUGCCUACAUCCCCGCGGUGGAAGACGCCGAGCCCUCCGAUGAACAACUUUUUCCCGUGAUUGUAUUUUCACAUGGCCUCAAGGCCUGUCGAACGAGCUACUCGUCUUUCUGCUCCGACAUCUCAUCCCAUGGGUUUAUAGUGGCAGCUAUCGAACACAGGGACGGAUCGGCCUGCGUGAGCUACACCCUGGAAAAAGGACCAAAUAGUCAAGAAAGUCCAGCAGUCAAAUGGAUUCCCUACAAUCCCGUGCCAUUUGAAACGGAUGAAAUGCCUUUUAGACACGAACAAUUGGAAAUUCGUACUCGGGAAUGCAGUCAAACUCUUGAAUUACUGUCCAAACUCAACGAGGGAUCCGAAAUAGAACACAUUCUGCAACCGACGAUGGAUCUCGCAAAGUUCAAGGGCGUGAUGGAAUUGAGCUCGCCAACGAUUGCGGGCCAUUCGUUCGGAUCGACAACCGUUUUACGGACAUUAAACGCUGACAAACGCUUCAAGAUCGGAUUGGCCAUGGAUGCCUGGAUGUGGCCGCUUAGAGACGAGCCGGAAUUGGCCAAGAGCGUGGAACAACCACUUUUGUUCAUCAAUUCGGAAGCUUUUCAGACGGCCGCCAAUCUGGAAACGAUGAAGCGAUUCACGGUCGAUGCGGAUCACACUGAGCGGCGCGUCGUUACUUUGAAAGGUAGCGUUCACUACAGCCAGAACGACGUGCCGUCUUUAUUGCCUUGGUAUAUCCGCCGCUUUACAUACAAUUCCAUCAUCGAUCCUCUGCUGGCCCUGCAGCUCAACCACCGCAUGACGCUGCUCUACCUGCGCAAGCAUUUGGGACAUCCGGCGGAGGAGAAGGAGGAAUUUUCAGAAUUAAUGGGACAACACGCCGAUGUGAUCUGCGAGGGAAUUCCCUAGUCGAAAAUGGACCGAGAGGCUGUGACGUAAUGACGUUUGAUUCCCAUGUCGAUUGAAUAGACGAAUUGUUGGACAUGUGUUUCACGCAAUAAUAGAGAGCGGCA